AUGGCGACCUGCUCCAUCCAGACCGGCUCCAUCCAGACCUGCUCCAUCCAGACCUGCUCCACCCAGACCUGCUCCACCCAGACCUGCUCCAUCCAGACCUGCUCCAUCCAGACCUGCUCCACCCAGACCUGCUCCAUCUACACCUGCUCCAACCAGACCUGCUCCUUACAGACCUGCUCCACCCAGACCUGCUCCAUCCAGACCUGCUCCAUCCAGACCUGCUCCACCCAGACCUGCUCCACCCAGACCUGCUCCAUCCAGACCGGCUCCAUCCAGACCUGCUCCACCCAGACCUGCUCCACCCAGACCUGCUCCAUCCAGACCGGCUCCAUCCAGACCUGCUCCAUCUACACCUGCUCCUUACAGACCUGCUCCACCCAGACCUGCUCCAUCCAGACCUGCUCCACCCAGACCUGCUCCAUCUAG